UUUGGGGAACUAUAAUAAAAAUAAAAAUAAAAAAAGAAGAAGAGAAAGCAAACGAAGUUCUAGCUUUCUAGGGCUUUCUAUUUUUCACUCUUAACAUCCAACAGGAAUUCCCAGACCUAUAUUCAAACUUCUACUUCCAUAACCAGACUCCAUUUUCUCUCUUACUAAACUCAUUUACAGUCAAGAACUUUCUCUUGAAUCUCUCAAUAAUGGGGUUUAAUUUACAACCAUAUGGCAUACAAUCGAUGUUGAAAGAAGGGCAUCGCCAUCUUUCUGGACUCGAUGAAGCCGUCCUUAAAAAUGUCGAUGCUUGCAAAGAACUUUCCGACAUCACUCGUACUUCUCUUGGUCCAAAUGGACGAAACAAGUUGGUCAUUAAUCAUUUGGAUAAGCAAUUUGUUACAAGUGAUGCUGGUACGAUUGUGAAUGAGCUUGAGGUGCAGCACCCUGCUGCUAAACUCUUGGUGUUAGCGUCCAAGGCUCAGCAAGAGGAGAUUGGUGAUGGAGCGAACUUGACUAUCUCUUUUGCAGGAGAACUUCUUCGGGGUGCAGAGGAGCUGAUUAGAAUGGGAUUGCAUCCAAGUGAAAUAAUCAUUGGGUACACCAAAGCAAUUAAGAAGGUAGUUGAAAUUUUGGAAGAGUUGGUUGAGGAAGGUUCUGAAAAAAUGGAUGUGAGGAACAUGGAUGAGGUUAUUUCUCGGAUGAAAGCUGCUGUUGCGAGCAAGCAAUUUGGCCAGGAAGAUACCCUUUGCAAGCUUAUUGCUGAUGCUUGCAUCCAAGUAUGCCCAAAAAACCCUGUAAACUUCAAUGUGGAUAAUGUCCGUGUUGCAAAAAUUUUGGGAGGAGGUUUGCAUAAUUCUUCUGUUGUUCGGGGCAUGGUUUUGAAGAAUGAUGCUGUUGGCAGCAUAAAGCGUGUAGAGAAAGCCAAGGUUGCUGUGUUUGCACAAGGUGUUGAUACAUCAGCUACCGAAACAAAAGGAACAGUUCUCAUACAUAGUGCUCAGCAGCUGGAAAAUUAUUCUAAAACUGAAGAAGCAAGAGUUGAGGAGCUCAUCAAGGCAGUUGCCGAUUCAGGUGCCAAAGUGAUUGUGAGUGGUGGAGCUGUAGGAGAUAUGGCUUUGCACUUCUGUGAACGAUACAAGCUGAUGGUCCUCAAGAUCAGUUCUAAGUUUGAGCUUCGAAGAUUUUGUCGCACAACUGGAGCAGUUGCAAUUUUAAAGCUCAGUCAGCCUAACCCAGAUGAUUUAGGAUAUGUUGAUUCAAUUGCUGUUCAAGAAAUUGGUGGUACUACGGUUACUGUUGUAAGAAAUGAAGAAUCUGGGAACUCUGUAACCACAGUGUUAUUACGAGGAAGUACAGACAGUAUUUUGGAUGAUCUGGAAAGAGCAGUGGAUGAUGGAGUAAACACGUACAAGGCCAUGUGCAGGGAUAGUCGAAUUGUCCCUGGUGCAGCAGCUGCCGAGAUUGAGUUGGCAAGAAGACUAAAGGAGUUCUCUUUCAAAGAAACGGGAUUAGAUCAGUAUGCAAUUGCAAAGUUUGCCGAAAGUUUUGAGAUGGUCCCUAGAACACUAGCAGAGAAUGCCGGCCUUGAUGCGAUGCAAAUCAUAUCGUCUUUAUACAGUGAACAUUCAUCCGGGAAUACAAAGGUGGGAAUCGACCUGGAGGAGGGCGCCUGCACUGAUGUUUCAGCCUUGAGCAUCUGGGACCUAUAUGUCACCAAGUUUUUUGCCCUAAAAUAUGCUGCAGAUGCUGCCUGUACUGUUCUUCGAGUUGAUCAGAUCAUAAUGGCAAAACCAGCUGGUGGACCUAGAAGAGAUAUGGCCGCUGCUGCUGGUGCUGGAAUGGACGAGGACUAAGUGAUAUGGACGAAAAAGCCUCCUUUUAUUAGUUGGUACACUUAAGAAUCGUCUCUUGUUUGCUUUGUAUGCCUUUUGUUGUGUUUUUUACUGUAUUGGAGAACAAAAUUUUGCGAUUGAGGAGAAGGUUUGAUAGUAGAAGUUACAGCUAGAAGCUACAAGUAAUGUAAGUCGUAGAUUAGUCACAUUAUUUGACUUCCAAAAUGUUGAAUGUGUUGAUCUUAUGUUUUGUUAGAAACGAUUCUGCUAUUUGUAUUCUUCGUACUCAUUACGGAAUUAGUUUGUCGCCAAA